AUGGCUCAGCGUCCCUCUUUGGCUCCAACUCUCUCUCCGUGCUCCUCACCUCCCUCUGUGGCCUGCUCUGAGGCCAGUUCCCCUGGGCCUGAGGGCCCAGCCCGGAACACCCGCAGUAGACAGCAGCUGGAGGACCCGGUCGUCACUCUCCCUCUCCGUCCCUAUGGGCCCACUAUAAGUGAUGGGACGGAAGGGGGAAAAAUGCCGGCCCUUCAGUACUGGCCAUUCUCAUCCUCAGAUUUAUACAACUGGAAAAAUAAUAACCCCUCUUUCUCUGAUGACCCCUCUAAGUUAACAGGCCUAAUGGACUCGCUCAUGUUCUCCCACCAACCCACAUGGGAUGACUGCCAACAACUAUUGGGGGUCCUGUUCACCACCAAGGAAAGAGAUCGAAUCCUCCUAGAGGCCCGAAAAAGUGUUCCAGGAGAUGAUGGCAGACCUACCCAGAGACCCGAUCGGAUUGACGAUCUUUUCCCGCUAAAGUGCCCCGACUGGAACCCCAACUCUCCUGACGGUAGGCAGCAUCUUUUCAUCUAUCGCAAGACUCUAAUGGUGGGUCUCCGGGCGGCCGCGAGGCACCCUACCAAUUUGGCCAAGGUAAGAGAAGUAACUCAAGGGCCCACUGAGACUCCCUCAGUUUUUCUAGAACACUUGAUGGAGGCUUACCGAUGGUACACGCCUUUUGACCCUGAAGAUGAAGGCCGACAGGGCUCAAUAGCCAUGGCUUUCAUAGGGCAAUCGGCUCCUGAUAUAAGAUGUAAGCUCCAAAGGCUAGAUGGUCUACAAGACCUAACUCUGAGGGAUCUCGUUAAGGAAGCUGAAAAAGUCUACUAUAAACAAGAGACAGAGGAAGAGAAAGAACUAGCAAGGGACAAAAGAUGAAAUAAAGAGUUUGCAAAAGUGUUGGCCGCAGCUAUUCAGGGUAAAUCUGAGACAGGAAAGGGAAAGCCCAAUCGCCCCCCAUUAGACCCUGACCAAUGUGCAUAAUGCAAGGAGAAAGGACACCUAAUUAAAGACUGUGAGAAGCUUAAAAAAUGGAGAGCCAAAGAAAAACAGGAAAGGCAGUCCUCACAGCGACAACGAGCCCCCAUGCUCGCCUUAGAUGAGGAGGACUAGGGACUUCAGAUCUCGGUUCCCCUCCCCGAGCUCUGGGUAACAUUUAAGGUGGAGGGGACUCCCGUGGACUUUGAAGUCGACACGGGAGCUGUUUACUCAGCCCUUCAGGCCCCCUUGGGAGCCCUUUCAGCCAAAAAAUCGCUAGUUCAAGGGGCUAAUGGAAGCAAAUACCGCUCAUGGACCACCGAGCGCACGGUCAACCUGGGAAAAGGAAAAGUAAAACAUUCCUUCCUGGUCAUCCCGGAAUGCCCGGCUCCCCUGUUAGGAAGAGAUCUGUUAACUAAAUUAGGGGCAAAAAUUUCCUUUGAGCCCCAGGGACCUCAAGUGACAUUCUGCAACCCGAAGGUCGGACAGCCCAUGGUUACAAUAUUAACUCUAAAGUUGGAAGAUGAAUAUAGGCUCUACAAUGAUCAGAGUCUCCAGCCUGUUCCUCCUGCUUGGUUAGCUGAUUUCAAAGACUCCUGAGCUGAAAUGGCUGGGUUGGGACUAGCCAACCAAAAGCCACCAGUAGUGGUUACUUUAAAGGCCACUGCCUCCCCCAUCUGAGUUAAACAAUACCCCAUCAGCAGGGAGGCUCAUCAAGGAAUCAAGGUGCACAUUCAGAGACUUUUAGAUCAAGGGGUAUUGACCCCUUGUCGGUCUGCAUGGAAUACACCGUUACUCCCCAUCAAAAAGCCAGGAACUAAUGAUUAUAGGCCAGUACAGGACUUGAGAGAGGUCAACAAUCAGGUAGAAGAUAUCCACCCCACCGUGCCAAAUCCCUAUAAUCUCCUCAGCGGUCUAAACCCAUCCAGAACUUGGUAUACUGUUCUAGAUUUAAAAGAUACCUUUUUCUGCUUGCCUUUAUACAAAGACAGCCAACCACUGUUUGCAUUUGAAUGGACUGAUCCAGACUGCGGGACUACCGGACAGUUGACAUGGACGCGCCUCCCCCAGGGGUUCAAAAACAGCCCGACUAUCUUUGAUGUGGCUCUCCACAAAGAUCUAGCUCCGUUCCGGACUCAACACCUGGACCUCACUCUAGUUCAAUAUGUAGAUGACUUGCUGCUGGCAGCAGAUUCGGAGAAGGACUGUAACAACGGGACCCAAGAUCUCCUACGCGAGUUGGCCGCUCUGGGGUACAGAGCAUCAGCAAAAAAGGCUCAGAUCUGCAAACGAGAGGGAGGAUCACCCUUUGUCUGGGGAAAAGAUCACCAACAGGCCUUCGAUGCCAUCAAGAGAGCCCUCCUAUCUGCCUUGGCCCUAGCCCUACCUGAUAUAAAUAAGCCCUUCACUCUCUUCAUCGAAGAGAAAAAGGGAAUAGCUAGAGGAGUGCUGACCCAGACCUUUGGGCCAUGGAAACGACCGGUGGCUUACCUCUCAAAGAGACUAGAUACCGUGGCAAAUGGAUGGCCACCAUGCUUAAGGGCCAUUGCAGCAGCGGCCCUGCUCACUAAGGAUGCUGAUAAACUGACUUUGGGACAAAAAUUAACAAUUAUUGCCCCCCACACACUAGAAAGCGUCAUCCGCCAACCUCCCAAUAGAUGGCUCUCAAAUGCCCGGAUCACACAUUACCAAAGCCUCUUACUCAAUAAAGACAAAAUAAUCUUUGGGCCCCCAGUGACCCUCAAUCCGGCUACCCUACUACCAGAAGAAACUCCAGAACCAAUCCUUCAUACCUGUCAAGAUAUCCUGGCAGAGGAAACCGGGGUGCGAUCGGACCUGUCGGAUUACCCCUUGCCCGAUGCUGAGGUGACCUACUUCACUGACGGGAGUAGCUUCUUGAUCCAAGGUAAAUGGUACGUAGGGGCGGCUGUGACUGAGCAUUCCAAUGUUAUCUGGACAGCCAAGCUAGAGGAUGGAUCUUCGGCACAAAAAGCCGAAUUGAUUGCUCUUAAGGCUUUAGAGCUCGCCACAGGAAAGCGGGCAAAGAGAUAA